AUGAACCGCAUAAUUGACAUCGAGGGAACGACAAAGGAAAUUUCCCUGCCAAUUGUGAAAUUUCCACCAACACCGUUGACUGCUCUAUUAGUAGAGAAAGAUCCCGUCGUUUGGGCUCAUUUAUUAUCCACUUAUGUGGAAUAUUUUGAGUUUUUAUUAUGGGAUAAUAACAUUGAACAUUUAGAUGAAUCUACUUUUGAUCAUCUUUGUAUCUUCGUAAGGAGUUAUUUGAAGGAAAUGGCCUCCAACGUCGGUGGCCUCGCUAGUUUGGGGAUAAAUAAAGAGGUUGAUGAACAAUUGGGAUUAUUGAGACGAUGGAUAUUUCAUCUUAUUACUGGUUGUGGGCUAUUGCAUUUACAAAUUUAUGGUGAAACAUUAUGGGAUUUGGUCAAAUUGUUCGUGGAAGGAAAUGCAGAUUCUGUGCGGUGUUUGAUCGAUGGGUCCUUGAAGCCAAAAAUCAAUACACAGAAAGCCCAAAUAAAUAGGAUACAUCAAGUUCAACAACAAUUGAAACAUUUGAUCGAGUCAGGCAAAUUCACAAGAGCAGACUUAAAGGCGUUCCAAAGCUUAGUUAAUAAGAAAAGUCUAAGACCAAAUAAAUUUGCGGAUCAAUUCUUGACUUCUGCCUGGAUUGAAAUGUUAGAAUCAUGGUGGGUUAAGGGGAAGGGGAGAUACAAUACAAUAGCAAAACAACUGUUGAUUACAACGCUAUUGUCUGUCUCAACCCAAACGAUUGCCAAUAUAACUCGAGAGUUAGGAAUCAGUAAUAUAGACACAUUAUCAUUAUAUCCAUUACUUGGAUGCGUACUACUUAAUGAUAACUUGAGUAAGAGAAUCCCUGAUCUAAAGUCCAAACUUGGAUUUUUGAAUCUAAUUCCAAUAUCUACAGAUGCUUCUAUUGAAACUCAUAUGAUAGAUAAAGUAGAGCCAGACGGCGAAGGACACUUCGGUGACGUGACAAUUAACGAAAACGAUGUGACUUCAUUGACUGAAUUGUUUCCACAGUUCUCCAGAUACCAAUUAACAGAAUUACUGAAAAGAUAUGACUCUAACGUUGAACUAAUAACUAAUACUUUAUUUGAAAACCCUUCUGUGAUUGAUGAUAUACCGAAAGAACCUAAAACAUCUCAUGACGCUAAUGACAAUUUGGGUAAACAGAUACUGAAAUCUAAACCUAGCCCUGUCAAAUCUAACAUUAAAAAUAUUGAACCUGAGCUGGUAUUGCACAGAGAAAUGAUGAAAACUAAGAAACAAGCCAUUGAGCAGAUUACGAAGAGACAUGUACCAGAUGAAGUAAGAAACAAAACAUUGACAAGAGCAUUGAAGUUGUUAUACGAAAACGACGAAGAUGAGCGAGAUGAUACAUAUGAUGAAGCUGAGGUUAAACGUUCUAAUACCCCCAUCAAGAUUGCACUUGGAGACGACGAUGGUGAUUCAGAACAAGAUGCUUCAAAGGAGAAAAACCGAAAUAAUUACGAUGCCAUUGAAGGUUAUUUAUGGAAUCUUUUGAAGGAAGAUAAAUCUUUAUUUGAAAGAAAUAAGAGAGGGUCUAAGGUUAGAAAAGAUAUGAAAGCUCAGAUUAAUUGGUCCGAUGAACAAAUUGAAGGUUGGGCACGUAUGUUGGAAAGGUCACCUCAAAGGGCAAGGAUAUUAGAGGAAAAGUUUAUGUUUAGAGGAAACAAGAGGAGUGGGAAGACAUCGUAUGUCAAAAAUAGGGAUGGUGAUUCUCCUGUAAUCAAUGAUGACCGAAGAAGAAACCAACAUCAAAACCCAAGUAGACCAAAAAACAAGAAAAAUAAUACAAAGAAAAAGGGAAUAGAUGAUGCCAAAAAAACUAAUGAAGCCACCAAAAGUGUAGCCAAGGGAGAGCCUGCAUCGACCGAAUCUACCGAACCAACAGAAACGGCAAAAAACAAGAAGCCCAAUGAAAAGAAAAAAGCAUCAAGAUCCAGUCAUAAUAGGAAAUCAGGAUUUAGAUAA